AUGGUCUCAUGGUUUCCCAGCGUCUCUGGUGACGGAGGUGCCUUGGGUGACCAUGGCAGCGCCAGUGGGAGCCUCUUUGAUUCUGGAAGCGUCUCUCGGAAACGACGCUGGGAGUCGUUCGAUUCCCAUGGGAACGACGAAUCGAACCGGAUCUUCGCCGAGGUUCUUUUCCUGGGAGUUCUACGCACCGUAGACAUCCAGCAGGCCGAGGGCCCCGAGGGCCGAGCAGUGCCCUUGAUGCCCUUCUUCCCACAGCUGUUGCAGCAGCAAGCGUCCCUACCGGUGCUGUUCUCAGUGCCAUGGUUGCUGACCGAUCAUCAAUUCACUGGGUACUGCGCACUGCAUUGCUCCGGAGGUGCUGAGUUGCAGUUGCAGCAGAUGCAGCUGAGGGUCUACAGCUCCUCCAGCAAAUACCUCAGAGGGCUCUUGCUGGCUCAUGCUCCAAACGUCGAAGUAGGGGCCUUUGCAGCAUGGAAGACUGUGAAACCUGGCGUGAUAGAGGGCCUUGAAGACCCCAGCCUGGCUCGAGCAUUCGCCUUGCAGCAGACCAAGGAGGUCAUAGCAAGCUCCUCAGCGAUCGACGGUGCCUUUGUUCCAGUCUUGGGUCGGGAAGCCUGGGAAGCCCAAGGUCCACAGCGGAAAGUUUUGAAGGUGACUACCUUCGAUCCCUGGGCCACCAAAAGUGUGGGAGAUCCUGGCGGGCAUGGCAUGCGUGCCACCCCAAUGACUUCACAGAGCAUUGCUUGCGCUUUACGGCUGCCUCCUGUGGGCUUCAAGUGCCAAAGCUUAGUGUGCUGCUGGCAGCGUGCUGUAAACAGGUGGAAGGUGACAUCUUUGGAUGACAUCCCUCGUGUCCGUGCAAUCGCAGACUUGGCGCGUUCCGUGGCAUUAAGAUCUGCUCCUUGGCUAAUGGCACGCACCAGGGAGGCUAAGACGCUUCAGUCCCUGAAGUCUUCCCUCUCGGCCAAGCUGCCGGAGUUUGCGCAAAUGGCUCUACGAUUGGAUGUGACCUUGCUGAGUGGCCAAUGUGCCCAAGUAUUGGCGAACCCACAGAUGACCGUCUCCGACUUGAGGCGGAGAGCGCAAGAGAUGCUGAAGGUGCACAUCAAGCAUUUGGUGACCUGUUCAGGCCGUGUGCUGUGCAACCUUCGCAGCCUCAGCGAGGAGGGGCUGGUGAACAAGGAUGCCUUGACGGCCACGGUGCGACAGGUCUCUGUGAUCUCCCGCGUCGGCGGCGCCGCCUUUGCUCUGCUGAAAGCCGACGGCUCCGUGGUGGCCUGGGGUGACCCUUCCAGUGGCGGCCAGCUGUCAAGGUCACAGGAAGACCAGCUGGACGACGUGCAGCAGAUCUGCCCCUCCUUCGGCGCCUUUGCCGCUGUCACCGGCGACGGCCGGGUGAUCACUUGGGGCGACGACGACUUCGGCGCCGAUAGUCAUCCAGUGAAGCAUCAGCUCAGAGAUGUGAAGGAAGUUUUCGGCACUGGCUUUGCAUUUGCUGCGCUCAAGAAGGAUGGCUGUGUCGUGACUUGGGGGGAAAACUAUCCCGGUGGAGACAGCCGAGCUGUUCAAGGCCAGUUGUCAGAUGUUCGAACGAUUGCUGCCUCGAGCUAUGCCUUUGCUGCAAUCCGGGAGGAUGGAAGUGUCGUGACCUGGGGGUCGAAGAAUCCUCCGGUGGAUGCAGAGGAGCUGCAGAACGUGACGCACAUCGCCGCCAGCCACGAGGCUUUCUGUGCCCUGCGCUCCGAUGGGCGCUGCGUUACCUGGGGCGCUGCCAAGUUUGGGGGCGACAGCCGUGGCGUCCGGGUGAUUUGUCAAAUGUGCAGCAGCUCCUUGGCGCCCAACAAGAUGAUCAUUGAGCGCCCUUAUCCCAUCAGGAUUGUGGCCUCGCACGGUGCUUUUGCUGCAGUGCGCUGUGAUGGUCGUUGUGUGACAUGGGGGGCUGAAGAAUAUGGAGGCGAUAGCAGCCAAGUGCAGGAUCAACUGAAGAAUGUGCAGUACGUCACACCAUCAAAACGAGCGUUCUGUGCUGUCCUGACGGACGGUAGCGUGGUGUCUUGGGGAGAUCCCAUGCGCGUGGCCGAGAUGUUGGAUGUUCAGGAGACCCGACUGCACGACGUCCAACAGCUGAGCGCCUCCAGCAACGCCUUCUGCGCGGUCUUGGGCGAUGGCCACUGCAUCACCUGGGGCGACCCGGGCUUCGGGGGCGACAGCAGUGGCUCGGCGGAGGUUUCGGUGCUGGAAAAACUGGAUGGUUUGGAUUUUCUGCAGAUGCUUAGAACGGACAAUUAUAUUUUUUUUUCUUUUGAACAUAUGAUAAGAUAUCAGAAAAUGAUUUAA